CGACCCGUAGUGUGAAAGCCCACACAGAAGCAAAGAAGCCCAUUUAUAACCACACCCCACCUCUGGAUUAUCUAUCUCCAUAUUCUCAAACACCACAAAAGUCAAUAGCUAGCAUAUCUUCAUCUCAGAUCGGAACAGAGAAAAAUGGGCGGAGUGGAAUUGGUGCUGCCUAAGGAAUACGGCUAUGUGGCCAUUGUUCUCGUUUUCUACUGCUUUCUCAACUUGUGGAUGGGUGCCCAAGUUGGCAAAGCCCGCAAACAGUUCAAGGUGCCAUAUCCAACCCUCUACGCUUCAGAAUCUGAAAACAAAGAUGCAAAGCUCUUCAACUGUGUUCAGAGAGGGCAUCAGAACUCGCUGGAGAUGAUGCCCAUGUUUUUCAUGCUGAUGAUACUAGGAGGGAUGAGACAUCCUUGCACGUGCGCUGCGCUUGGUUUGGUUUACACAGUGAGCCGAUAUUUCUACUUCAAAGGCUACGCCACAGGCGAUCCCCAGAAGCGUCUCACUUUAGGGAAAUAUGGCUUCUUGGCUUUGAUGGGGCUCAUGGUCUCCACUCUUUCAUUCGGGGUCAGACUGCUUCUUUAAUUGAUCAAUGGUGUUGAUCAAUGUGCCUGUUCUUGCCUCUGUUAGUUGGGAUUUUGAAUAAGUAAAAGGAAUGUUUGGAUUUGAUGGGUUUUAGACUUCUUAAUAGUUUUCUUUUGUAAAAUUUUGGUACCUUUGUACCACAAGUUGGGAUCUGAUGGUGAUGGUGUCAUUUUCUUCAUGUAGUUGGUGACUUUGAAUCAUCUUUCUAUAAUGGCUAAUAGGUUUUUACCUUUCAGUU